ACUAUCAGCGUAGCUAAGAAGCGAAGUUUAGGAAAACGACGAACAUACAUAUUAUUUAGUCACAGUUUUAUAUAUACAGUGACUGACCCGACCCAACGGAAACUCAACCAAAAUCUACACCUUCACAAUCGAAAAUGGCAGAACCCAAAACCAAGUACGAUCGUCAGCUCAGAAUAUGGGGUGAACAGGGGCAGACGGCCCUUGAGAAAGCCAGUAUAUGUCUGCUUAAUUGUGGUCCCACGGGCUCUGAGACACUAAAAAAUCUUGUACUUGGUGGCGUUGGAAGCAUCACUGUAGUGGAUGGGUCAAAGAUUGAAGUUGGUGAUCUUGGAAAUAACUUUAUGGUUGAUGAAUCGUGCGUUGGACAAUCAAAGGCAAAAUGUGUGUGUGCAUUUCUUCAAGAGCUUAAUGAUGCUGUUAAGGCCAAGUUUAUAGAAGAGUAUCCAGAGGCGCUAAUUGAAACGAACCCAUCUUUUUUUUCUCAGUUCACCUUGGUUGUGGCUACUCAGCUAGUAGAGGAUUCGAUGAUAAAGCUUGAUAGAAUUUGUCGGGAGGCAAAUGUAAUGUUGGUUUUUGCUCGCUCCUAUGGUUUAACGGGGUUAGUUCGAAUUAGUUUGAAGGAACAUACUAUUAUUGAAUCUAAGCCUGAUCAUUUUCUAGACGACCUUCGGUUAAAUAACCCAUGGCCUGAGCUGAAGAGGUUUGCAGAAACCAUUGAUCUAGAUGUGUCGGAUCCUGUUGUCCACAAGCACAUACCGUAUGUAGUCAUUCUUGUGAAAAUGGCGCUAGAGUGGGCCAAUAAUCAUGGUGGUUCUCUUCCUUCAACCAGAGAAGAGAAAAAAGAAUUCAAGGAUCUUCUCAAAGCUAAAAAGACUGCACCUGAUGAAGAUAACUACAAGGAGGCUAUUGAGGCCUCCUUCAAAGUUUUUGCUCCACGGGGAAUUAGUUCAGAUUUACGACAGAUAAUAGAUGAUAAGUCUGCUGAAGUUGAUAUUAAUUCAUUAGAUUUUUGGGUGAUGGUGGCAGCAUUAAAGGAAUUCAUAAAAAAUGAAGGUGGUGGGGAGGCACCCCUGGAGGGAUCGAUACCAGAUAUGACAUCCUCAACCGAGUGUUAUGUGAAUUUGCAGAAUAUCUACCUAGCCAAGGCUGAGGCUGAUUUUCUUGCAAUUGAGCAACGGGUUAGGAAUAUUCUGAAGAAAAUUGGUAAAGAUCCUAAUAGUAUCUCAAAGGCAAUUAUAAAGAGCUUUUGUAAGAAUGCAAGAAAACUAAGAAUCUGUAGAUAUCGCCUUAUUGAAGAUGAAUUCAAUUCUCCGUUGUUGUCAGAAUUACAGAAGUACAUUACAGAUGAAGAUUACAGUGUUGCUGUGGGAUUCUACAUUCUGCUUAGAGCUGUUGAUAGGUUUGCUGCCAAUUAUAACAGUUUUCCAGGACAGUUUGAUGGUGCCAUGGAUGAGGACAUAUCCCGAUUGAAGACUACAGCUGUUGGCUUACUUGGAGACUUGGGUUGCAAUGGAUUAACAUUAACUGAGGACCUUAUUAGUGAGAUGUGUCGAUAUGGUGCUGCAGAGCUGCAUGCCGUUGCUGCUUUCAUUGGAGGGAUAGCAUCACAAGAAGUGAUUAAGCUCAUAACAAGGCAAUUUAUACCCAUGUGUGGAACUUUUAUUUUCAAUGGCAUCGAUCACAAAUCUCAACUGUUGCUACUCUAGUGGAAACAAAGCUAGAACUGUUUUCUCUGACAGAUAUCUUCAAAAGACUCGAGCUUUUUGAAGGCUUGGAUUGGUGGAAGUUCACAGCUUUCCUGCCAUCUUAUUUGGGGGCUCAGUAUCGCAGUCUUCCCUCCUAUUGUUACAGGAACAAGACAAGAACUUGAUAAAUUUCUUCACGAUAUUGAAAUCUUUUGCAACUUCAUUAUCGUGAAAGUUAGGGGGAGAGUGCUGAGGUAGGUUGGGCGGCUUCCUAGGAACUUAUUUUUUAAAGUAAUAUUAAGAAAAUUUGGAACACCAGAGAAUCAGAAAAGGAAAAAAAGAAGACUUUGUGCAUUAAUUUUGGUGGCAGGGUGUUGAUUUUUUUUUUUUUGGACAGAUUUUAACAAUUGAAUGAAAGAGAAAUCUAUACCAAAAUGACAUUUCUAAUUGUUCA